AGAGCGACUUUCACCCGCGCCAGUGUGCCCCGCGCCGCGAGCCGAGCUCGACGCACGCGCACAUGUCAGCGCCAUGACGGACGACCGCGCGCGCUCCGCGGAGGCCGACUUCCCGCGGCCGACCGCCACGGUCUCCUCCCUCAAAUCCGAGGAUUCCACAGAACAGUUGAUAUGCAAAACGCCACAAGAAAAAGUGAAAAAUGUUAAGGAUAAACAGAGUGUUAGCUCGAAAAGUGUCGAAGCCGGUAGUGUGAGGGUUACGAAGAGGAAACUGGUUGUGUUUUUGGGGUUGGGGCAGGUGAUUCUGGGGGCGCUUCUGGUGGGGGCGGGGGCGUUGGCGGUGGUGAAGGGGGCUGCGCUGUCCCGGGUGGGCGCCGGACUGUGGGCGGGCUGCGUGGCCGUGGUGGCCGGCGUAGUCGGCGUGCUGGCCGGGAUUAAUGACUGCUAUGGACUGAAUGGAACCAACAACGGGAGCGGUCUCCUGACGGCGUUCCUGGCGCUGUCGCUGCUAUGCUUGGCAUGCGGUAACAGCGCGGCCGUUCUCGCCGCCACGGGCCUGCAGAGGGCCUCGUCCCGGUCUCUGCUGGCAACUGGGCCUAACGCCAGCUUUCAGGAUGAAAUGGAAGCAUGGACGCCCGUCCUCACGAACAUCGCGCUGCUCAUCAUCGCCUCCGUCCACUGCCUCGUCUGCAUCGUCAGCAUCUACCACCUGUCCAAGCGCGUGUGCCCCUGCUUCCGGCCCAAGCAGGCCUACGACCACAACCAGUUCGACCCGGGCUUCAAGCCUUACGUGGUGCACGUGGACGAGAAGAAAGAGAAAGGGGAUAGGGAGAGGGAGAGGGAGAAGGGACAUGAGCUGUGUAAGGAGUUGGAGAAAAAGCUGCAGGGGGAGUCGUUGAAAAAGAAAAAGGUUGAAUCCCCCGAGUUCGGCAGCGCCAACAGCAAGGAGAAGCUAGUGUCGCACUGGCUAGGUCGGCAGGCACCGGCGUUGGCGCCCGCGGCGCCCGUGGCACCAGUGGCGCCCACCCGCGGGCGCCGGGCGCGCGGCGUGCGCAAGCGGCCCCCACAGCUGCUGUUGCUGCCCGCACAUCCCGCUAGCACGCUGGGCCGCAUGCCAGUGAGCGUGAUGGUGCCUCCGCGCUACGCCACGCUACCGCUUCCUCCAGCACCUUACGCUGCAGCGCCGCUCUUCUAUCCCGUACACGACGCGCGACUCCGACGACGACGCUCGCCUCGCGACCCACGCGAGCGCAGGCGGCGUGAGCGAGACCGAGACAGCCAGCUGACUCGCUCACUCGAGCGCAUUCAUCGCAAGAGACGAGCUGAGCGCGACCGCGUCUCAGACGAGCAACUGAAGAGGACAUACACCGGGCUCGAUAGGGCAUACGCCGAGCAGUUCAUCGCCGUGUGCGACGAAAGCCGCCAGGCCGGGGAGCGACACGACUCGCUGCCCAGCACCACUAGCGACUCCAGCCAAUCUCAUUCCCACAGAGAAUCUAUGUAGAGGGCACCA